CUGACGGCGCUAUAGCGCUCGGAGCGCCCGGGAGGCCGACGCCGAGCCUGUGCAUGUCUUCGGCCACACAUCAGUGCGCGGAUCUCCUGACGCCCGUGCACCGCAGCGUCUGCCGCGCGCAUCUGUCCGUGCACUCCGACAGCGCGGGCCACGAUGGCGGACUGCGUCGGCUUCCAAGCGCAGAUCGCCUCCAUCAUAGAGAUGCUGGCCAACUCGGCGGUGGCCGAAAUUUGCAAACUGGUGGACGACGGCUACGCGGCGCUGCGCUCUCAGAUGGAGCAGGAGCGGGAGAAGAGCGAGAAGGAGAACCGAGCCCUGCGGCAGAGGCUGCGAGACAUGGACGUGAAGAUGCGGAGCUGCGAGAGGAGGAUGAGGAGACGGAGUCAGCGCGAGGAGCAUCACACGGCGCAUUUUAGGCCGCCCAAAGGACCUGAUGACCAUCAGCCCCCGGCACUCCCUCCUCUGGCUCUUUCUGAAGGCAAGCCCUUUCAUCCCGUUUCAAAGCAGGAGGAAGCCAAGAUGUUGACGCUGGUGAAGCAGGAAAAAGAGGAGAGAGAUGACUGCAACUUGGACCUGAAGGUGGAGGUUAACAUAAGGGCGGAGUGUGGCCUCUCUGCAGCUUUGGAGCCCAGCGAGGAAAGCCCCCCUGCUGACACUGUCCUCGACACCAGCGUCAGCAGCCUCACAUCCUCCACAUCACAGCUGUCCUCCUCUCCCGCUGAUGCCACCAUGGACCUGACCUGCAGGCCUCGAGCAAAACGUAAGGCUGCUAAGCCCGUAGGCAACACCGAGGGGGUCCUGGCCUCCGAAGCGGCUCGCAGGGACCCUUCGGGGAGCCUACCUGAUAUGGCUCUGAAGCCGGAGGUCCAGACAGAUGAGCUCACAGAAGAUGAGCUUCAUCCCUCUCAGCUGUCGGCCACUAUAGCCUCUGAUGAGUCGAGCUGCGACCGCCUCAACAGCCUGGGCCUGGAUCUGGCCUGGAUGCAGGAGCGUGUCAGCCACCUGGGAGCAGCCUAUGCAGUAGCACAGCUGGGUUUGGGGAACUCGGACAGCGGGCACCCUUCUGCCUCCUUCCCCUCACAGGGAGGUGGAGAAAGUCUCGACGGCCCCCCGACUAUGCUCUUUACAGGCGGCGCUCACGAGAUGGCUGCUUUUGCUGCCUCCUUCGACAUGGCUGCUGCUGCCGCCGCCGUAGUGGCUGCACCCCCUCCACCUCCGCCCCCUCCCCCUCCUCCGACAGCUCCCACUGGCACUGCCAGCAGCCAGAGGCGGCCUUACAGGAGCAGCACCGCCGCCACAAAAGAGCCGGUGGCGUGCCCUGUGUGCGGACGUGUGUUCCCCAGCACCGCCGGCCUGGAGUUGCACCAGCGGGUGCACACCGGGGAAAGACCUUACACUUGCCCUCACUGUGGGAAGGGCUUUGCCCAGCCCAACAACCUGCGGGUUCACCUCCUCAUCCACACCGGUGAGAGGCGUUAUCGGUGCACACUGUGCGGGAAGAGUUUCAUCUCAUCGAGCCAUCUGAAGAGGCACCGUACGGUUCACACGCAGGAGAAACCCUACAGCUGCUCGCGCUGCGGCCAGUCCUUCAGCCAGAUGUGUAGCGUCCGCAGACACCGGCAACAGUCUCAGUGCGGCCUGUAGCAUGAACGCUGUAGCAGCAUCUGACACACU